AAGAUGGAAAAAAGUGCCAAGUGAGAAUUCUUUCAGAUGAAUUACAGCACACGAGAGUGACUUUAACGCGCUAAGUGCGUACGCGCGUGCGCACGCGCGAUUGUAAUAAUUAACUGGAGGAACGAAGGUGAUCUUUGGCACUACUUUGGCAUGCUUCAUUGUCAUUCCUGUUCUUUCUUUCGUUUCCCCCGCAAACCUUAUGCAUGGAUUGGGAAACAAGACGUCUUUCUCUCGCUGGCAUGUCGACAAAAUGAAAGUAGCAGGACAAAGUUGCCGUUCUUCUACCUGAGCCGAACAGUGAUUGGAGAGUGAAUUACUUUGGGGGUGGAACUUGAUGUCGAAAGUUCUGUACACCACCUUCCCUGCCGUAUCCAUUCGCGAUGUCGAUGAUAGUGCCCGGCUCCCAAAUCCAUCACGCCGACGCCUCCAAAAAGACACCGGGGGUGCUGGAGACCUUCCGCAACAGCAUCCGGCUGGCAGCCGAGAAAAGUCCUCUCACGCCAGGGCCCAGGGGGUCCAAGAACCAGUCGCCCCCCACGCCAGUCCGAGCGCCGCAUUCUCCUGUUUUGUCAGGCGUCACGUCGCCGCUGAGGAGCGUGGCGGCGCUCUUCCAGACCAAAGAGGAUGACGACGACCAGCCGCAGAAAAGCAAAGCCGUGAUGCGUUCAAGGACAGAAGUUCCGAGCAUGGCUCGACUGGAUUCUCUCCUGAAGAAGGGCGCGUCCAUCCGUCGCAGCCUGAGAUUCAGCUCCAAGAAGGACAAGCGACAGGACGCCUUCCUCGCCGUCCAGGAGGAGGCCGUGGCCAAGGAAGAAAGUGAGGAAGAGGAGGAAGAGGAGGAGGAAGCAUGCGAGGAGAUGGAGGAGACAUACACGCUGCCUGAACUGCCGCCCGUUCCUCUCUCGGUAAUGCAGAUCAGCAAGCUAAUCGAAAUGGAGGUCCUGGAGGAGGCGCACCUCCACCUGCUGGCUCUGCGGGCAGAGUUUCAGCAGGAGCGUCUUGGCCUGGAGGACUCUCCCAUCGAGCUGGCCAAGAAGGAGAAGGACCUGAGCCUUCUGUACGCCGACCUCCGCCUGAAGCUGGCCUCCAUUGUGCGCACCUCCGUCUCGCUCCCCGCCAGGAACAAGGGGCUCUUGGUCCACGUGGCCCGCAUCAUCCAGGAGGAGGACAAGCGGGCCCAGGAACCCGGCGGUCUGCAGGGGAGCUGGAUGGACGCCUGGACGGAGGCGGUGGACCAGGGCGCCCGGGACAAGGUGGAGGGCGUCCACCUGGAACCGACCAACCACAGCAACGCCUCGUGGCUGGCGGUCCACCUGGGCCUUCUGGGCAAGGCGCUGCUGGAGGAUCUAGAGAAGGUCAAGUGCGAGCUGCGCUGGUCCUACCCGCCCAGCUUCCAGGUCUUCGCCACCUACGUGCGCGCCUACCACACCGCCGUCAAGCGGCACCUCGGCACGUUGGAGGGCCGCGCCGUGGAGCUCAAGGACCUCUACGCCCUGUUGGACUGGAUUGUGCACCGCUACCGCAGUCGGACAAUGAUGGCAAGUCCCGCCCUGGAGCCCGAGAUGAGCCUCGCUGACGUCGACAUGCGCCCAGAUGGCGACUUGCUGCUGACGCUCAGAGACAAGUUCUGCCGCACUGUCCAGGAGGACCUGAGAGCAACUCUGGACCGCUUGGUGGAGCUGGAGAACGAGGAGAUGUGGAGCACCGGAAAGCAUCCCGACAAGGACGACGACGGCUUGCUCUCGUCCAUCUUCCACAUAGACAUCUGCACGAAAGUACGAGGAAACGUUGUGAAUGCGGGACGCGUGGACGCCGAGCUGGAAGGAGACGUGAUCGCUUCCUGUCUGGCAGAGCUGAAGGAUUUCCCCAAGAGGUUCCACGGCGAGUUUUGGCGGCGCUGCUUGUCGCUGCCGCUGUGGAGCGAAUACCAAGUUGUCUACAUCAACGGCUUCCAGGCCUUACAGUGCCACAUGGAGGAAUGCUACGCGGGCUCCAACCCGAAUGGGGUGGCGGCCAUGGGCGAGGAGGUCACGUGGCUCCUGCAAGCCCUCCAGGACGGCCUCCAGCAGCGUUUCAAGAAGGACGUCAAGCCGUACCUGCGCAGGAUGAUGACGAGGAAGUGGCUGACCAACGACGACGACUUUGACGCCCUGCACGACCGGGCUGAACUUCUGGCGCGCCACUGCGAGGCCCUGCGUCCGCCGCACCGCCAGGAAGUGGCGAGCACGGUGCACUUACACAUGCUGAAGGAGUAUGUGGGCCAGCUGAUGAAGAACAACUACUCGUGCAAUAAUCACAAGCACGGCAAGGCGGCUGGCAAGAUGCGAGCGCAGUGCCGCCGGAUCGCUGACGUCUUCCGCCGCAUGGGCUCGCAGGACAACUGGCUGGACCCCGUCGGGGAGCACCUGAGUGACAUCGUGGGCCUGAAGAACCAAGGCGACAUCAAAGACCACUUGCAGCCUCUACUGAACCAGUACCCGGACUUCAGCUCGAGGCACCUGACGGCCGUGUUGGCGUUCCGCGGCGUGCUGCGUGGCCGCGAGCAUCAGCGCAUCAUGUGCAGGUUCAACCAGCUGAGGAAGAACGCCAUAGCCACGACAACAGGCGACCAGGCUCGCAACCCGAACGACGGGAGCCGCUCGCUCUUCGGCAACAUGGAGGCGGCGGUUCGCGCCGACUGCCUGUCCGACGUCUCCGUCUUCUGCUUCACCUUCGUCUUCCCCGGCGAAUAGCUUCCUUCUUCAUCCGGCGCAGGAAGUACGUCCUGCAUAUCUGCUGCUUUUUAGAAUUAUUUGAUACCGUCCAAAAUUUUGUUUAAAAAAAUUCAACUUCAAUUCAACUGCCAUGAAAAUAGCGCAAGGUGCAAUUUGGUGAAUUAGAUUUUUUUUUUUGGGUGGCAGGUUUAGAGGCAGUUCCAUGCCAGAAUUAUUCACAAUUUGAAUUAUUACCACUGAUGUUGAAGUUCAAACACUAAAUUUGUUUGUCAUCCAAAUAAUGAAUUUGAAUGACACUUUUUACACAUUUCCUGAUAGUAAAAAAUGUUGUGGUAUUUUUGGUAAAGGAUUAAACAAUUUUUUGUCUUACAACUUAUUCAAGCGUUGACACGCAUCUCCAAAAAUGGGUCAACAUCUGCUCUCAAUUUUGUAGUCUGGUUUUCUCAUCACACAUCUUUUUUUUUAUGUGCUAAACCAGUUUCAGUGCUUGUAUAAACAGUUGUCUAUGUAAAACAAUUAUUCGUUCCACUUCAUGGUUGUUGGUUUUUGUUUUGUGUACACUAAAAAGUGACUUUCACUUUCA